GGUUUUUUGUAGCAAAUGGUAGAUUUUCUAUUCCAAGAAGAGCAACACUUUAUAUAUCUGUCUCUUUCCUACGCAUUCCGUCAAAAAGAAGAGAAGCGAACAGUCGUGUUAAAAGAACUCAAAUAUUACCUAAAGACAUCCCAAUAUCUCGUCAACUCUGCUAGGCUGACUACUAGAAUGGCUGCCAAUCGAGAGGCUUUAGAAAACUGCGCCAGAAUGACUUCAACUUCUUUCAACGUGGGUCUGGCUGAUAACACGAGGCUGUCCAGCCGGGUGUUGCGGCCCCCGGGCGGUGGCCACACUGACAUCUUCGGGGGAGAGCCCGAGCCCCAGCAGACACACCGCCGUGGACCCCCUGCUUCCACCAUCGGCUCCGUAGUUGGCCAAGAAGAGCCAAAGCCAGCUAACGGCACAGACGCGUCCAGCCAGAACGGUCAGAAGAGCCCGCAGGAGGCGGCCCCGGCCCCCGUGGCCGAUGCCCCUGAGCCCAAGGCCGCCAGCCCAGUGGCCGCGGCGCCAGAGCCAGCCAAGGUUGAGCCCCCCAAGCGUGUCCGCGUACCGCCCGGCGGCUUCUCCUCGGGACUCUGGUAAAGAGGCCCCACACCCGCUUAGUUUCGUCGCGCUGAAGAUUCCCGGUGGGACCAGAUCCAUUCGUUUACAUUGGCCGCUCACUCAUUUACUUCUCCGAUUUGACGAAAUCCAUGUUCGUACAGUUACAGCAUAUUGUAAAUCCAUUAAUGUUACGGUUUAACUAUUCGAAUCGCAUUUACCUGACUAGUUACAACGAUCUGAUUGUUCUCACCACGUCCACGACGUUACACGCUCAUGAACAAGAGCACUAUACCAGAUCGACGCCUAGUCGGGUACAUCGAAAUUGUUUAGUUAAAACUUCAUGUUGAUAGAUACGGAAAUUGGAAAGUCCUGGGUUAGCUGGAAAUUGUGAAUGUAUAUAAGUCAAGCUAAAUUGUAACCAAAUUGGACUUAUCUUGGAAGACGCAACGGUCCGAUGUAAACGCUUCGUUAGGUUUAUUUAGGGAAUGCUGUGCCUUUGUGUUUGUCAAGUUGCGUUGGUUGUAGAUAGUUUCGUUGAAACGAGAUCGCUGCCUGGUCCCUGACGGGUCUCUGAAUGUUUGCUUGAUAAGAUAACGAUGGUUCUUUUACAAUCCUCGCAAAAAGGAAUCCUUUAAUAUUUACUGAACAGGAACAUUUUUUCAAUGCUAGUAUUAUUUACCUAUAUAGUUAGGAAAUUAUUUUUCGUAUAUUUUAGUCUUACAUUGUACCCAGCUUCUGUGUCAAAACAAAGCGUUUUGCCAAACUCUCUCUAUUAUGAAUCUAAAGGUCACAAUUUGGUUAAGAUGUCCUACAAGGCCAAAGUAAUUUAACACUGAACUAUUUAAAUUUUUAUGCAAAUUUCGACUCUACGUCUAGCGUUUUUAGAUAUUAUUAUUAUCUUGUAAGGCUUAAAAUUGAUAUAUGUAUGUAUCGAUUGUAUGUUAGCGUUUCGAUAAUUUUGAUACUUUUUAUAAACAGACUGAUCUGUGCCUAUUUCGUGUUGAUGUUGUACUUAAAAUUUGUCUCAAUUUAGCAUUUCAUGUUUUGCAGUUGUGGUUUUUAUUACAAAAUAACUAUUGUAUGCCUUCGCUGGCAAAUGCGAUUAUGUAUAAUAUUGAUUGAUAAUGAUAAUUGUAUUUUUAUAUGAAUUACAAAAUGUGAAAAACAUA